UUUUUCCAUAAUCCUUACCCUGGGGGAAAGACGGUGGUAUCUCUUUGGAGCCACUAACAUUCCAAACUUUUGUAUAAAAGGAAAAUGAAAAAAUUCAGAAACCAUCAUUUCCGAAGAUUUUGGAAACUUUCAUCAUGAUUGCAAAGGUUCUACUCCUCUGUGCCUCAAUAGCAGCUGUCCACGCAACUGCUAUUCUUUAUGGACAUCACCCGAUUCUCCUCAACACCGGAGUCAGCACAACUUCAAGAACUCAAGAUUCAUUGGGAAACUACGCUUUCAACUACAACAUCGUAGAUGAAAAAGGUGCAUCUAACUCUCGAUCAGAAGCAGGUGAUGCCCAUGGGAACGUAAAAGGCUACUACUCACUGAACGACAUCGACGGCCGAUCUCGACAUGUCGAUUACAUUGCUGAUGACCAUGGAUUCAGAGCCGUUGUCAAAACUAAUGAACAAGGAACAGCAAAGAGUGCCCCAGCAGGUGCGGUCAUCGAUUCCCCAUAUGAAGGACCAGUUGCCCCUGAAGCCCCAAAACCAGAAGAACCACAAGUGGCGACUCCUAAGCCCGAUGCUCCAUCAUCAAAUGGUCACCCUACGUCACCACCAAAAGGCCACCCUGCUCCACCACCAAAAGGCCAUCCUGCUCCACCACCAAAAGGCCAUCCUGCUCCAAUUAUUGUAGCGCCUGUUGCUCAUCCAGCACCCGUUUUUCUAGGCCAUCCAGCACCAAUUUUCUUGGCUAAGCCAGCUCAUGUUCUCCACCAUCCAGGAUAUUUUGGUUUUGGUUUGGUUCGUAAAGAUGGCAUAGUUAAUUAUAAAGGGCAUGGCCUUCUGCUGCGCCCCGGUCUCUAAAUGUCACUUAUUACUUGUUAUCGUGUCUUUUGUUUUCAUUAUUGUUCAAUUAACGAAACGCAUCCCAACUUGUUGAAGAAAUAUAUUGUUGAUAUCUGUCGAACAAAUGUGGCAUUAUAAUUGUAACCAUAUAUUUUUCGAAAUAAAUUAUUUCAUUUUUUAA